UAUGGCGCGCGUGCGGUUAGGGUGUGUGAGCGAAAAAUGACAAAUAUUGUUUAAAAAUUAAUAAAACGAAGUAAAAAACACAUGCAUUUGUUUUUUAAGUUAGUGAUAACGGAUGUGUACCAUAAAAGUUGUAAUAGUUAAUAGUGUACAGUGUAUUACAUGAAAAAGAUCAAUGACUGAACUUGGUGGUUGACAGAUCGGCAAAACUGGAGGUUGGGGCUGCGUUGCGUCCCUCGUUUUUACGCUUAAAAGUUGACAGAUUAAAACAAGAUAAGUUGUGAAUGUUGAACAUAAGCUGUAUGAUGGCAGUAAGUUUUGGAGCAUGUGUGUUAUUGCAUCAGAGUGACAAUAAAACAAUAUGAUGGAGUCUGAGCUUCCUCCGGGUAGUUGUAAUUCAACAGGACAUCUGUCCACAAUAGGCUACCAUACAUUACCGGGUCGUAUGCACCACUCGGCGAGCACGCCGGCGGGAGUGGACGGCGCGGGUGCGGGGGGCACGGGCUCGCGCACGCCGCCCGCCACGCCGCGCAAGGGCGGCAAGAUGCUUGCCGUGCGCGUGCACAUGCUCGACGACACAGUCUCCAUGUUCCAGAUACAGUCGAAAGCGCUAGGCAGAGUGCUGUUCGAUCAGGUGUGUCGACAGCUACAUCUACUGGAAGCCGACUACUUUGGUCUGGAGUACCAGGACUGCAGCGGAACAAAGUACUGGUUGGACGUGGAGAAGGCGAUGUGCCGGCAAGUGGGACUAUCCCUGUUGGAGCCGACGCUGCGCUUCUGCGUCAAGUUUUACACGCCGGACCCCGCGCGCCUCGAAGAGGAGUUUACGCGAUACCUCUUCUGUCUGCAAGUGAAGCGAGACCUCGCCGCCGGAGAGAUACAGUGCAAUGAGAAUACAGCAGCACUAAUGGCCAGCUAUAUCGUUCAAGCGGAGUGCGGCGACUUCGUGCCGGAAGACUAUCCUGACCACACUUACCUCAGCGGAUACAAGUUCUUCCCCGGACAGGAUCCGGAGUCCGAGCGGCGGAUCAUGGAGAACCACAAGAAACACAUAGGCCAGAGCCCAGCGGAAGCGGAUCUCAAUCUGUUAGAAACCGCUAGAAGAUGUGAACUUUACGGUAUAAAAAUGCACCCGGCGAAGGACCACGAGGGCGUGCCACUGAACCUGGCUGUGGCGCACAUGGGCAUCGUCGUCUUCCAGAACUUCACCAAGAUCAACACCUUCAGCUGGGCCAAGAUCAGGAAGAUAUCCUUCAAGAGGAAAAAGUUUCUCAUCAAGCUUCAUCCAGAGGGUUAUGGUCACUACCGCGACGUGGUGGAGUUCUUCUUCGAGGGUCGCAACGAGUGCAAGAACCUAUGGAAGAAAUGUGUGGAGAACCACGGCUUCUUCCGCUGCACCAGCGUGCCGCGUCCGCCCAGACACAAGCCGCGAGUCAUGUCACGAGGAUCCUCCUUCAGAUACAGCGGUAAAACACAGAAGCAGAUAGUCGAGUUCGUGCGCGACAACUACGUGAAGCGGCAGACGUUCCAGAGGUGA